AUGAAUCAGGACCAAAGGGCACGAAUAGAAGCAAAUAGGAAGAAGGCUUUGGAAAGAUUGAAGCAGAGAGGAAUACUGAAUAAAUCUCAGGCACAGAAGAUUGAAGGUCGAAAUACAAAGAAACCAGUCGUACUGGAGUCCCAGAAAAGUGUAGAAAAUGAUAAGGUGGCACCAAGACAAGAAAUACAGCCUGAUACAGGACAAGCACUGCAGAAAGUUACGGCUGCAACAGCAGAAGAAGCAACACAGCAAAUAACGCAGCUCCGAGACGCUUCUACAGUGGUACCUAACCAUAUUAGACCAACAAUACGAAAGUCUGACUAUAUCGACUAUGACUUUUCUACUAUGGAGAAUUUAAAUGGUGGUUAUAUCAAUAGAACCAGUUCAGAAUUUGAUUUAGAAUACGAUAGUCUUGGCAGCAAAAGACAAAAGACCCUUGACGAUUGGAAAAGAGAACAAAAGGAAAGAAGGGAAUUGUAUGAGAACAAAGCACCACCAGAACAUAUGUCUGAAGCGGUAAAAUGUGAUGAAUGUAAGGUUAAUAUUGAAAUGGACCCCAUAUUGAACGACAUCUAUAAGUUAAACGUCUGUAAAAGUUGUGCAAAGAGACUUCCUGAGAAAUAUUCAUUAUUAACAAAGACAGAAUGUAAAGAAGAUUAUUUCUUAACGGAACCUGAAUUAAAUGACACUUCUAUAUUCCAUCGGUUAGAGAAACCGAAUCCACAUUCUGGUACGUUUGCAAGAAUGCAAUUAUUUGUUAGAUGUGAGAUUGAAGAGUUCGCCUUCAAGAAAUGGGGUGGAUCAGCAGGUCUUGAUGAAGAAUGGCAAAGACGUGAAACUGCUAAAUUACAAAGGAAAGAGAAGAAAUAUAAUGAACAAAUUAAACAAAUGAGAUUGAAGACAAGAGCUCAAGAAUUUACAAGGAAAUUACAGGAUAAAAAAUAUGGUUCUAUUCAUAAGCACAAUUUCGGUGAACCUAUUCCUGCUGGGAAAGAUGAUGAUAAUAAUGAUAUAUUGAAAAGAAGAUGUAUUGAUUGUGGAUUAGAAACUGUGGAAAUAUCUAUAUAA